AUGGCGGGGGGCCAGCCUGCCGGGGCUCUGCUCGGCUCGGCUCCCCGCGCUCCGGGCCGGGCCGGGCCGGUUCGGUUGGGUUCGCUCCGCACGCACGCAGGAGGGCACGCGGGCCGGCAGGCUAGGACAAGGGCGGCAGCAGCAGCCGCUCCCGCCGCUGCCCAGGCCGCGGCCCCGGGCUCCUCGCCGCAGUUCAAGCGUCCCGCGACUAUUGAAAUGGGCCAAUGGAAGCCGCGGGCGUCGGCGCGUCACCGCGCGCACGCGGGCCGCGCCCCCCACUCCCUGGGCGGGGGCUCGCGGGGCAGCCCUAGGCGCCCACGUGGGGACGCGCAGCCGGGGACCCGCGGAACAAAGCGGCCCCCCGGGCCGGGAGGGACGGAGGUGGGAGGCGGCAGGCUCGAGGGUCCCGGGGACCGGGCUGGGGAGCUCUCCCCGCGGACCGAGGGACGUGUCCGGUGUCGCAUGAAGUCGCGUCUGCAGGCACACAGCAGGGGCGCCGCGCGCGGGCAGCACAGCCAGGCCGGGGCGGAGAGCGAGCAUCACCGUGCAGAUUGGGCACAGCCCGCCCCCCUGCUCCCCAGCUCCGCCCGUGACAGCCGGGACGUGUGGGGACAGCUACACCCUGGCCACGUGACCUCAGCACCCUCGCGACCUGCCAGGACUCGGUCCAGCCGACGCCCCAGCCCAGCAGACCGAAGGUCUCGAAUGCCGUUUUCAAAUUUAAGACGAGCGAACAGGACAAAGACGGCGGCCAGCUCCAGGUACUCCGCGUUUAAAGCAUGCUCGCAGUGUGCACACAAACGCACGGAAACCCCAUCCUGGGAAACCACCAUUUGUUUAACGAGACUGACCUUUUUAUUGAUUCCCUGUAAACUUAAAUACAAUCAUGUUCAUUGAAAAGGAAA